CUGACGUCACUUCCGGUGAGGGUGGUCUCCCCCAGGGCCCGUGAGUUCCCGGGUGGAGGCCUGCGCGGGCGGCACUGCGGCUUUGGAGGCUGCAGUGCGAGGCGGACAGGAGGGACCUGGAGAAGAGGACCGAGUGUUGGAUAAAUACAUAUCAUUCUAAAGAACAUGGAUGAAGAGCCUGAAAGAACUAAGCGGUGGGAAGGAGGCUACGAGAGAACAUGGGAAAUUCUUAAAGAAGAUGAAACUGGAUCACUUAAAGCUACGAUAGAAGAUAUUCUCUUCAAAGCAAAGAGAAAAAGAGUAUUUGAGCACCAUGGACAAGUUCGACUUGGAAUGAUGCGCCACCUGUAUGUGGUAGUAGAUGGUUCGAGAACAAUGGAGGAUCAAGAUCUAAAGCCCAAUAGGUUGACUUGUACUUUAAAGUUGUUGGAAUACUUUGUAGAAGAAUAUUUUGAUCAAAAUCCUAUCAGUCAGAUUGGAAUAAUUGUAACUAAGAGUAAAAGAGCUGAAAAACUGACUGAACUCUCAGGAAACCCCAGGAAACACAUAACAUCUUUGAAGAAAGCUGUAGAUAUGACCUGUCAUGGAGAACCAUCUCUCUAUAAUUCCUUAAGCAUGGCUAUGCAAACCCUGAAACACAUGCCUGGACAUACAAGUAGAGAAGUACUUAUCAUCUUUAGUAGCCUUACAACCUGUGAUCCGUCUAAUAUUUAUGAUCUUAUCAAGACCCUGAAGGCAGCUAAAAUUAGAGUGUCUGUUAUUGGAUUAUCUGCAGAGGUUCGAGUUUGCACUGUACUUGCUCGUGAAACUGGUGGUAUAUAUCUACUAUCUUCAAUAAUUAUAAUUACUGUGCACAUACCAUGUUAUUUUAGAUGAAGUCCAUUACAAAGAGCUGCUGACCCAUCAUGUUAGCCCUCCCCCUGCCAGCUCCAGCUCCGAGUGCUCACUCAUUCGAAUGGGUUUCCCUCAGCACACCAUUGCUUCUUUGUCUGAUCAGGAUGCAAAACCAUCCUUCAGCAUGGC